AUGUCGGGCGGAGAGACGAAGAAAUGGAGGAAGGUGGUUAGCGGGGGGAGUUCUGGCAAUGCCAAACUCUUUGUGGAUAAAGAUGCUAAGAAGAGGUAUGAUUCAUUCAUUCGUGGUGUUUACCUUGAUGAGCUAGUAGGGAGUGUGGAUUCCCCUGAAAUACUUUGGGCUUGGAAAUGGGAAUCUGUGUUUGAUGUGAAUGUGGAUGAUAAAACAUAUGUUGAACUGGUUAAGUUUUUUUAUGCAAAUAUUCAUCAGUACAAUGAGAAUGAGUUGACAUUUAAGACACUGGUUAGGAAGAAAUCCAUCACUGUUUCGUCUGAUCUUAUUUCAAAUAUAUUAAAAAUUGAUAGACCAGACAUUCUUGAAAAUUUCAUUGUCUUUCCAUAUUCAAGUAAGGAGCAGGCUCCUGAAAUGGCGAUGGUUAUUCGAUGUAUUUGUAUUGGGAGUGUCCCUUGGGAGAAUGAAAAAAGCAAAAUUGCUCACAUUGACCUUACUCCAACGUAUAGGAUGAUAAACGGAAUUGUUGUCUGUAAUAUACAUCUGAGAGGGCAUACUGCUGAGAAUGGAUACGAUACGACCCAACUAUUAUAUGAUAUUGAUGAACGUGAAGUUAUUAUUGAUCUACCCCUUUAA